UAAGAAUUCUGUUCAUGGUUUAAAAAAGUGUGUUUAACUGUAUGACCUGCCAGAUAUGCCUAAAGUUAAAGAGUUAAAGCUUAAUUCUGACUGUUCCUGCUCCAGAGCAGUUUCAGCAAACACUGUGAUUCACAAAGAAAUGUGGCUUUCUUCCAGGAGGAGAGCUGAGUCGUUUAACAGCAUUAACACUCUGUUUACCCGAGCUUGUCCUCUCCUCCUGCUACACCUGCUUCGUUUCCUCAUACCUACAGUUUAUGUCAAAGUUCACAUCAGAGCACAUCUGAUAUCUGCUUAUCUGCACAAGUUUGUAUUUUUCAAGCAUAACGAGUCAGGUUGAAUCAGUUCUUGCACAGCAGUCUGUCAUUAGCACAAGGAUGGGUGCAGUAAUCAGUUGGCAAAAAAAUAAUCUUUCAUAAAAGCUUCUCAUUGGGACAAAAAAGAUCUUUAUUUUUGAAGUAACUGCAUGACCUCACCUUUCACUAUUCACAGAAAAGUGUCACUGUCAUUGAAUUUCAAACAGCAUUAGUAGCUAGAACAGAUAUUUAAAAAUGUAAAACUUGAAUUUAGUAGACUUUGCUGCAAGAUUCCAGAUUAAUGCUCCAUUAUCAGUCGUUUGAGUGAAGCAUAAAUGGCUGUUCUGAGCUUUACUGCCUACCUUUGCAAGCGAGAUUCAUUAGGAUUCCCUUGCAAAGCUAGGCCAUUUGGAUGGAGGUCAUCAACUUUUCUUCUUGAUCAGGCCCAGUGAGCACUCACUUUUCACAUAAAAAAAGAAAGUUGUUGGACUCAUCAUUUCACUCUUCUUCCACAUACAAUGGAUGUGACCCCAAACACAGAAAUGGAUGGUUGACCACUUAGUGCUGUGCACCAGUGCAUAGUAGACCUCCUCUGAAACUUGAUAUUUGAAAUAUGACACAACAUUAAAAGCUGAUUUCAAAUCUAAAACUAUCCCAUUGGCUGAUCAACAUGGGUAAGGGAAUUAUAUUAGUUGGUAGCCUGAUUGAAGAGAAAUGUAUUUAAACGAAUGUGCCCCUUGUGUUUGUCUGAAGCAAUUUACAGUAAAAAGCUCACUUAUCUCGCAGUAGCUCCCAACUGUGUAGUGACUGGUUUUACUUGCAUCUCUUUAACCACUCUGUUGUUUCCUCUUUCAGACCAGAAAAUCAUCAUAGCUGUGCCGGGACAGACGGUCACUCUGCCAUGUCGAGCUCCAAACAGCGGCAACCCCAUCAUAGCUGCAGAGUGGAGCAGAGCUGACCUGGAGCAAGAAUAUGUCCUUUUUUACCGGGACGAUAAGCUUGAUACAGAAAAUCAGCAUCCGUCUUUUAAGAACCGGGUGGAUCUGCAGAACAGACAGAUGAAGGAUGGAGACAUGUCUCUGAUUCUGAAGGAUGUGACGACUGAUGACUCGGGAGCAUACGAGUGUUACGUGGUCCAGAGAGGAGCGAACCGCAGGAAGAGAGCCAGUCUGGAUAGUGACCCCAUCAGCACCACCUACCUGACUGUUGUUCCUCCAAGCCAGAAAAACAUCACAGCUGAGUCUGGACAGAACGUCACUCUGACAUGUCGAGCUCCAAACACUGUCCUCAUACCAGGUGUAGAGUGGAGCAGACGUGACUUGAAGGCACAAUAUGUCCUUUGGUACUGGGAAAAACAAUUUGUUCCAUAUUACCAGCAUCCAUCUUUUAAGAACCGGGUGGAUCUGCAGGACAGACAGAUGAAGGAUGGAGGCGUGUCUUUGAUUCUGAAGGAUGUGACGACUGCUGAUAGUGGAACAUAUGAGUGUUGUGUCGUCCAUGAAGUAAGAGAAGGUAGAAAGUUGGCCAUUUUAAAGACUGAGCCCAUCAGCGUCAUCCACCUAAAGGUUAUUUCACCAGGUCAGCCAGGAGGACACGGAGAGGAUGGGGCUGUUGGACUAACAGUUGUUAUUGUGCUUUCUAUUGCUCUUUUCGCAACUAUAAUAUACUACAUAAAAAUGAUAGACAAUACAGAAGGAGAAAAAAACAGCACUUCCCAGACGAGCAGCAAGCUGAAACGCUCCACUCGUGUCACUCGUCCCACCUUUCGUAGCAAAAAGACAGAUGCUUCCAAGACAGAUAUCACAAAACCAUGAACAGAAAAAAAACCUGUGAUAAGAGCUUGGAUGAAGGGGCAAAGACAGCACUUUUCAGUUGCAGUGAAAAUAAAACAAACAAACAAAAAGAAAGAAAAUUGAAAAAAACAAAAACCCACCAAUGAUAAAAUCUACCUCUGUUACCUUUCUGGCAGUUAGACAUUCUUUAGAUUCCUACAGUUUACAAUCUUGAGAUCAAGGUUUAAAGCAGAAAAAAAUGAUGCAAGUAUUUCCAUCACAGUCGGAUUAAAAUCUGUUCACUGUAAAAAAAAAAAAAAAGUAAGUAUUUGGGGAGGUGAACCUGAACCACUCAUACUAGGUCAGUUCUGAUAGAUCAGAGAGUUACUGGAUCUUAUCUGACAUCUGUUUCUGCCUGGUUACAGUUGAUGAGUAAGAGACAAAGAAAGGUGUUUUGCCGUUGUGUGUGUUUUUUUUUUUUUUGUCAAACUUGUUUUGUGGACUCCCGCAUGAAAAUACUGCUCAAAACAAUUAAAGGAGCACUUUAAAAAUAGAUCAGACGUCAAAGCUCAUGCUAGACAGGUAUAUGAUAUGGAGUGGGUAGCGUGUUAAAAGGGAUGCCACAUAGUUUCAUGGAAAUGAAACUUAUCUAGUAGACUGAACUUAAAGAAACAUCAAACAUCAAGGUGAAAGGAUUAUGUGGAAGGCUGGUCCAUUUUUCAGUAACUCAUACUGGUGCUCAGUUUGGAUGGCUCCCAUGUGCUUGUAUGUCUACCUGACAACAUCAGGUCAUGCUAAUGAUGGAUGGUGUCUCCUCCGAGACCUGGAACAAGGCAUCACUGAGCUCCUCGACCAUCUGAGGUGGACCAAAAAUUUAAUGUCACCGAGGUGUUCAAUUGGAUUUUGAACCGGUCAGUGGCAUCAAUUUCUUCAGCCUUCAGGAACUGCCUGCAUACUCUUGCCACAUAGCACUGGGAAUUAUUGUGCACCAGGAGGAACCCAGGAUCCAGGAUAUGCCAGACCAUCACUGACCAACAACCAACUGCCAACCUGUGUAGGGUCCAGGUAUAGACUUGUGCUACCAGCAAUGACACUGACCCCAGCCAAAUAAAAAACUAGUAAAUAAAAAAAUCAGAAAAGAUGAGGGGGGUUUGAGUUGCCUGAUUGUUGCUAAACUCUGAUUUAAAAAAAGACUGUAUCAGUUUUUAAAGUUUACUAUUUUCCCAUCUGUCCAUGAAAUGUUAAGUGGUGAAAAAGAAAAAAGAAAUUCUUUGUGGCACAAUAUUAUCAGGAUCAAUAAAAAUAAAAUAUGCAUAUCAGUGUCACUCCACAGUGAACUGAUCAUUAAAAAUAUUAUAGAAUAUAUUUUCAAAUAACUUCCAUGUUUCUUGUAGCAGAAAUAUGUCGCUCUGCUGUAAUACACCAAGAUUACCAACAGAUGGCGGAAGACUUUAAAUGUGAAUCUGCAUCACUAGCCUCAGUGGGAGUUUACAGAGUGUGUGGGGUUUGUGCUGACUCAGGAAAAAGGAAAACACGAUUUAAAAAAUAUCUUCAGGCUCAGUUUGAGUCACAAGCUCAUGAGUUUUUGAAGCUUGUCAGACACCGAAUCAUCUCAGCUCUCUGUGUUCAUGUUAAACUACUGAGUGAAUCUCCGUGGAGGAGGGGCAUUUAAAAUACAAACAUCCAAACAGCGAUCUCUAAACUGAUAGCCAUAGUUUUACUCUGCUUCCUGUUACACCACAUGACUGGAAUUAGUGCAACUGUCAAAUAUAAUGAAAUUAUAAAUCUAAGCUAACAUGUUCAAGUGGUUACUUUCUUUUUUUAUGAAAUAAAAGUCAAAAUUAUGACUUUUUAGUCACAUAAAACUAGAUCAUGAUCAUGAAAUUAAUUUAAAUCAUGUAAUUAGCUAAAGGUUGAAAAAUCUGCCAUGUUAGUUUGUUUGUGUUGGUUAGUUUCUAAGUGACACACACUGUUUCUGUGCAGUUUACAUAACACACAAUAACAGGAUUACACAAAGGCUUUCCUAAACUCACUUCACUGAGUUCACUGACUAUAGUGCCAACACUCAGGACUUACUCCAGAACUUUCACAUUACAAAUCUUACACCUUCCUUCAUUAAUGAGCUUUUAAUGUGAAAGUACCCCAGCAAAAAGCAGCAUGUUUAAUAGAAAUGUCUGUACAGUGGUGACUCUGUCGUUGUUCUGAUGAAUCAGAGUUGUAAAUAUGAGCCUGUGUGUGUAUCUGUGUUCCUGUUGUAAACAAGAAAUGUGCAGCUAAUGAGUCAGCUGCAACAUCUUGACACACCAAUCUUCUAUUCUAGGUCAGGUUUUGUUUAUUAAGGAACACACCCAGCUCUUACUUCUAGUUCCCCACCCAAACACAACACUGGAUCCGGCCCCGACUCCUGCUCAUGUUGCUGAAACGCUUCUUGAUCAUUUUAAGGAGCAGUUCAAACUUUCACGAAACAGAUUAUAACAAACUGAGAAGUGCUGAGAGUCACAGCCAGGUGAGCUGUAAGGGUUACAAUGAAAAACUGAUGGCCUGU